UUCUUUAAAACCGGCCCUGCCUCACCCCCCCCAAACCUUGCACAGCCCACAGCUGAAGUCCUUUCUGCCCUCAAAAUGCUUGAUCUUAGCUGGCAGGCUUUCCUCCCGUGUCUGGUUGAGGAGGCCUGUCGGGUUGGGGAGACAUGACCCACCUAGCAGCAGGCCCGGCAGACUGUCGGGGGAGGGGGCGCCGCGCCCCACCAGGUUGCGCUUCCCUGGGAAUGGGAGGUGGGCCACAAGUGGCGGGGCUGGGCUGGGCCUCUUCCUCCGCAGCUGCCAGCCCCAGGGCCACUCGACCCGGUCCCACCCCCGCCCCCUCCCCUCCCUGCUCACCUGCGGGCUGGAAGCCCGACUCCGCCCAACCCUUCCACCCAGGAGUGGCUUCCCCUCUCCCCAGGCUGGCCCAGCCAGCCCAGCCCAGCCCCCGGAGCCCCUGGAGCCCCUGAACGCCAUGGAGGUGCUGGUGCUGGCGGACUACCAGGCUUUGCGGGAGGACGAGCUGACCCUCACCGCCGGAGACGUGCUCCGGGACGUGCGCCAGGGAUCGGCGGACGGCUGGCUCCUGGGGGAGCUGGCUGGGCGCCGGGGUCUCUUCCCCAAGCUCAUCGUCCAGGAGAUCCCGGAGAGUCUCCGAAGUGACGGAGCACCCCGGAGGCCCCGCUCGACGCGGCGAGGUCAGCCCGGGGUCACUUCAAAAACCCAGCGAUGGUGUAAAGUGAACUUUAACUACAGCCCAGAACAGCCCGAUGAGCUGCAGCUCCAGGCCGGGGAGAUAGUCCAGGUGCUUCGAGAGAUUGAAGAUGGUUGGUGGCUGGGGAAGAAGAAUGGGCAGCUGGGGGCCUUUCCCUCUAAUUUUGUGCAAGAGCUGGACAGUACGACCCCUGGCGCUGUGAUCCCAGAUACCGUCUCCAAGCCUACUGGGCUGGCCCCGUCUUGCCCAAAGAUGACCAGGAUUCAGGAAGAAACCCCAGCGUACCUCAGUACAAUGACUGAGAGCUGCCGGGUCCUGUUUGACUACGAGCCUGAGGCACCGGACGAGCUGGCCCUGCAGAAGGGCACUGUGGUCAAGGUGUUGAGAAAGAUCACAGAGGAUCCUGGCUGGUGGGAGGGAGAAUUCGAAGGCAAAAGAGGAGUUUUUCCAGACAAUUUUGUCCUCUUGCUGCCCAUUAUUAAGAAGCUCCCAGUCUGUCAGCGGAGUCCCCAGGAUUCAGUGUUUAGUCGAGAAAGCCAUGCCUCCUGUGGGAGGAGGAAGACAGCCAAGGAAAUGAGAGCAGCUGCUAAGGAGUCUAAGAGGAUCGAGUCUAAAAUCACCCUCCCCCCCAUCAAAAAGCUGUCGACGCCCUCUAACAGGCCUGCCAAGCCUCGGCCCUCCACACCCAGGCCUCUGGCAGUGGGAUCAACAGGGGACAAGCAGAAGAACCCUAGAGAACGUGGAGGAGGAGGAGGUGGAGGUGGAGGAGGUGGAGGUGGAGGUGGAGGAGGAGGUGGAGGAGGAGGAGAAGGAGGAGGAGGUGGUGGUGGUAGAGGAGGAACAGAUGGAGGAGGAAGAGGACCAAGAGGGAAAGCAGGACUGGAAGGGCCAACAGGACCAGUGACCAUGUCUCUGACUUUGCCAGUGCCAGGCAAAGGCAGUGACUCUGCCCAUGCGAAGCCUGACUCCAAGAUGGCACAAUCCCACCGCAUUUGGUCGAAGACUCAGUUUCAGGGUCAAAAUCCUCCCAACUUGGAAGUACAAGACGAAGAAAAACCCGGUUUGACCAAGAGUCAACCUCCAAUCAAGACCAAAAGCUAUGCUGCUUCUCCGGAGAAAUCUGCUUUCCGGAAUAAGGCACCUUCCCGGGAGAAGAAAAGCAAAGAAAAGAGCGCCAAGGCCGCCAAGUCCCACCCUGGGGACAAGGCCCUCCUGGAGGACAAACCCGACAAGCGCAGGUUCUCCGGGGAAUCCCACACUUCGGACAAGCACAAGCUCUCCGGGGAGCCCCAUACUUGGGGGAAGCGCAAGUCCUCGGUGGAAUCCCAAACUUUGGAAAAGCCCAGCCUCCCAGAGGGCCGCUCAGACUCUCGGGGAGCACCAGGCUUGGCUGAACACAGGCCCAAAGGCAGCAGCGUGGCAGGGGAGUCCGUGCCUGGCCUCUCUGGCCGCGUGGGGCAAAUGGAGGCCGAACUCAAUGCUCUGAGAGGCUUGGUGGAGCACCUGGUCUCCCAGCAGGCAAAGGACCUGUUCAAGAUUCAGGAGGAGCUGAAGAUCGAACGGAAUCUGAGAGAGGAGCUGCAGGUCGCGAUGCUGCCUCGGGGCACACUGCUAAUACGGGGUACGAAAGUAAAUCCGACGGCCCACUGUUCCGGGCUUGACUCGCCCGUGGCCUCGGAGCCUGGCCUGUCCCGAGCCCGGUGCCUCUUCUCCCGGGAGUGUGUGCCGGCCAAGAGCGCGAGAUAUGGCGGCGGCGGGAGGAAGGCGCCCCUAAAUGCCAGGUUCUGUAGCCCGGAUCCCGUGGGACCCGGGGAACCACUGCGGGCCUUGGUCCGCUAGGGUAGGACGGUCCGCAUGGCGGCAUAUACCAAAUGGGCGGUGGAGGAAGGAGAGAAAUGCCUUGGAGAAGAUUGUCAUCGCCCAGGACGAGAGAAACGAGGGGGCUGCCUCAAAGGGGUGUCUGUGGGUCUAAUGGCUCGGCAGGCUAAAUUUAGCAAGAAGGAAGGAAGGAAGCCCCGCUGGGCCCGGAGCUCCCCGAUCCCAGCGUGGCUCCCGCACUUGCCUGCCUGGGCUCUGCCCGCCCUUAUUCCUCCCUGCUGGAAGGCUGGGGGAGGUUCUUCCUCUCUCCAAUCUGGCUCCCAGGCAGGAUGGGAGUGGGGGAAGGGGGAAGGUAGGCCACGGAGGGGUGGAGGCGUUCUUUUUGUGAAUAGGAGCGGGGGUCUGCGAGCCCUCUUCCAGCCGUGCUCCAUUUUGGCUGCGAUUGCUGCCGCCCCCGCCUGGCCGAGGUUCCUGGAAAACCCAAGCCAGCAGCAGGGAGGGGAGGGGCUCGUCAGCCGGAAGUGCUUGGUGGGGUAGAGCCCCCUCCCCCCCGCCUUGGUGCGUUUCCCCUGGUCCUGCCGGACUCCUGGCUCCGCGGUGGCAAGCAGUCAUCCUAGGGGAGCGACGUCUUCUCCCGAAGGAACCCCAACAGGCAGGCAGAGGCCGCGGGUGCCCCCUGGCGUCCGGGCCUGCACGUCACAGCUUGAGGCGGCCGAUUGGACCGGGUGGGCGGCAAGAAGUGACAACACAGGCUGGGGUGGUUCUACAUUAGGAAAUUUUAUUGCAGACAUGCAGGAAUAGUUCUGAUAUAGUACAAAAAUAGGUCUUUAUACAAAUUUUUUUUGUGACUUUUUCUUUACAAUAGGACUUCUUCCCUUCAGUAUGUCGUCUCUGCUCCUGGGCCCAGGCUGGCCCUGACCCUGCGGGGCUGCCCCCAGGGGCCUUUUCUCCCUCCUCUGCUUUCACAUAAACCUGUAAUCAUCGUCUGCGGAUUAACCAUGGCCAGGAAUAUUCAAUAGGAUACAACUCUGCAGAGUCCCCAGAAUAUUGCUUUGAAAAGGAGGAAAAAACCAAACCCAAUCACCAAGAAACAACUUUCCCAGGAAGGGCGCCCAGGGAGACCCGGGAGGGGCGGGGCGCAGGCUGAGGUGAGGCGGCGCCUGGGCCCCCCCUCAUGCUACAAGGCCGGCGCCCCCGCCCCACUACAGGUGGCCCACCUGCUCUCCGAGGGGAAUAGGAGACUCCACCCCCAGGCGGCUCCUGCCACCGCUCCUAGGCUGGGAUUCUACUCCUUGGAGAGCUUUUUGUCAUUAAAAAUAAAUAAAAUAAGACUCCUUCCUCCCGCCCAUGCGUGUGCUCUGGCUAGCAGCCUGCGGGUCCAGGGUGCUCGACCCAUCACUGAGAUGUCAUAGGUGUGGGCUAGGAGGGCUCCCACGGGUGAAGAAAACACGGGACAUGGAACAGACACAGAGCUCUCCCCAAAACAACCAAGUCACCGGGGCGGCUGCCCCUCCCCAGGACAUGAAGCCCCACCCCGGUAACUUGCUGGCAAGA